AUGUAUUCACCUCCUUCAAAAACCUUUGUUGCUGAUGCCGUGCUUUUUGACAUGGACGGUACUCUUACAGAUUCCAUUGCGGCAGUGGAAGCUGCCUGGGCGAAGGUGGCUUCCGAAAUUGGGCAGGAUCCCGAGCAUGUUAUCGCUGCCACUCAUGGAAAGCGUGCCGUCGACAAUCUCUCGCAGUUCAAGCCUCAUCUAGCCGAAGAAGAGAUGGAGAGAGAGGUCGAACGUUUCGAGAACACCAUCCUUUAUUAUGCCGAUGCUCAUCAUCUUCACGGCCCCAACUCUGGAUCUGUCACUCCUCCUUCCGAUGUUUCGUAUGCUAGCUCUGCACACGAUACCCCUGACCUUACACCUGGGCCAUCUGCUCCUGCUUCUAGACGAUCGUCUGUCUCUGCAUUCGAGUCAAGGCGGCCUUCUUUUGGUAGUCGACUCCUCAAUAUGCUUAGCCAGGCUGCGAGAUUGCGUGCGCAUAAUGAAGACGUUGUGGUCGUCGACGAGGAUGGGUCCGAGAAAGACAACCUUAUUCAACCUGGUUAUCCUGCUGUUGAGAAGAAAAAUGCCUUGAACGCCACCCUAGAGGCAUGGCAGAUGGAGGCCGCCAGCGUCGAUCGCUCCAUUCGUAUUCUGCCCGGGGUCCGCAAGAUGAUAGAUUCGCUUCCUGAAGGUCGCUAUGCUGUUGCAACUUCAGGUGCUAAGACAUAUGCUUAUGGGUGUAUGAAGCGUGUUGGGAUUGUGCCUCCUCCAGUAACUAUCACCGCCGACGACAAACGUCUCAAGGCGGGAAAGCCUGCCCCAGACCCUUUCCUGCUGGCUGCCGAAUGCCUAGGGUAUGACCCGAAACGCUGUGUUGUUUUUGAGGAUUCGCCUAGUGGCAUCAAGGCUGGCGUCGCCAGUGGUGCGACAGUUGUUGCUGUGUGCACAAGUCAUGAGCGUUCCAAAAUUGAGAAUUGCGGUGCCCAUUAUAUCAUUGAAGACAUGGAGAGCAUAUCAUGCCACGUUGGCGAUGACGAUCGUUUGGUUUUUACCAUUACUAGUAGUGGUUGA